UCCUGGAGUCACGUCGCUCUCUCUCUCUCCCCCCAGACUCCCGGUCCUGUCUCCUUCACAACGGACCUGACUCUUUCAUUUCUCAUCCCCCCCCUCCCCCCCCAAAAAAGAAGAAAACUCUCUCAACUCCUGGAACAAGAAGCUUCUCCGUCCCUGACCUCCUCCAACAACAACCUCCAGAGGGUCAGGCUGAGAUCUCCCAGGUUGUUCCGUCUCCCAGAACCCCCUCUUGCUCCCUGUCGUCUCUCCAUUCCCUUUCCUUUUCCUCGGGACGCAGAAACUUUUUUCCCCUCCAGCCUUGUUCUGCUGUGGGAUCCAGCCUCCAGAUCCUUCCCCCCGUGAGGACGGUGGAGCGAGCGAACCAUGCCCUCCGACUUCCUGACACCUUUCCUGGAACUGGAUGAGGAGUUCUACAAGAAUUUCCGCGGCCUGGAGGCGACAGAUGGCUUGACUGCCAGCUUGCAGCAGCAGCAGCAGCAGCAGCAACGGCAGCAGGAGCACAGUCAGAGGGUCCUGGGCUUCCAGCGUCGCCACUCGCUCUGCCCCGUGACCCUCCCCAACUCCAAGUUCAACAACAGCGGCGGCAGCAGCGGCAGCAGCAGCAGCAGCAGCAGCUCCGAUGUGACGGAGUCCCCCUGCUGGGGGUUCAACAUGGCCUCCAGCCAGCAGUGGAGCAGGGAGCUUCCCCGCUCCUCGCUCAGCCACAUCCCCUUCAGGGUCGACCGCUCGGUCAGCAUGAUCGAGGGCCACGGCGGCAGCCUGGGAGGCAGAGAGGACAAAAUGGCCACCAUGUCCCCGACAGUGCUGCUCCCUCCGCCGGGCCUCUGCCUCAGCAACGCGUCUAUCUCCUCCUCCGCCGCGUCCCUCGCUGCGUCCAGAGCCGCCGCCCCCUCGCCGCACAUCUCCACCCGAUACAAGACCGAACUCUGCCGCACCUUCGAGGAAAGCGGCACCUGCAAGUACGGCGCCAAGUGCCAGUUCGCCCACGGCAUGGACGAGAUGAGGGGCCUCAGCAGGCACCCCAAGUACAAGACGGAGCCUUGUCGCACUUUCCACACGAUAGGCUUCUGCCCGUACGGCGCCCGCUGCCACUUCAUCCACAACGCCGACGAGCUCGAAGACGGCAACCCCGCCGCCGGCCCGCCGCAGAAGCAGAAGCCGAGGCCUCCCCCGCUGCGUCACAGCUUCAGCUUCGCCGGCUUCUCCUCCACGCAGAGUUUCCAGCCGGUGGAGGAGUCACAGUCGCCCUCCCGCCUCUUCAGCCGGGCCUUCUCUGUCUCCCCGCCUCCGUCCUCCACGGGGAGCCCGGAGCUCCUCUCCCCGCUCUUUCCCGAGCCGGCAGCGCUGAAGCAUUGCCCCCGACCCUUCUCCGGCAUCACCGACCUGGCAGGUGACGGCGGCGAUUCGGCACUGCGCUUCUACGCCGUGAACGAUUCCAUCAGCUCCAAGUGUCCCGCCUCAAAGUUCCCCGGCAAAACCCCAAACUUCCCCUUCCACCUCCCGCAGCAGCAGCAGCAGCUGCAGCUGCCGGCCUCCCUGAGCGGCCUCUCCGGCCUUCAGCGCUGCUCCUCGGCCGACUCCCUCUCCGAGGAAGGCUACACCUCCUCCUGCUCGCUCAGCUCUUCCUCCAGCGGCACAGAGUCGCCCAGCUUCGAGGGCCGACGCCUGCCCAUCUUCAGCCGCAUGUCUGUCUCAGACGAGUAGGGAAAGGGUUUUACUGUCGGGCUGACUUUAGCCGGGGAUAGAUGAUCUUUUCGUUUUAACUCUGAGUGUCUCGACUAGGGCAGAAGCUCCACGGUCCGUAUACGGACACAAGAAGAAAGAUUAGAACAUUAAAGGUUUUUCAGUUCCUCCCCGAAACGCAGCCAGGUAAACGUACCUAACUUUGUGCAUAUUGCAUUUCUCAUCCAAGCAGCUGUAGCGCUGCUCAGUGUUCGUCCAGUUUUAGCUGACUCCUCUUUGUUUUUUGUUUUUUUAUAAUUUGUGCUUUAAUGUUAUUUUUCUAAGGUUCUUCUUUUAUGCCAUUGUUACUGCUGUAUACUGUUGUAUACCCAUUGUGUUAUUUUUUAAAGAGAAUUCUCGGAGGGUACUUCACUUGGCCGGGCAUCCGUCCUUAUGCUGCUCCUGCUCAGUGGGAAGGUCCGUGCGAGAACUUCCUGUUCCCUGAUCUAAAGAAAGAUUUUAAGGUUACCAAUGUUUGACCUAUGUUUGACUGUGGUGCUUCUUUUUUUUUCAUACAGCAAUGUUAGUUUGCCUCGGAUCUUAUUUCCCUUUUUCAAUCUGCACAAACAGUUUUGGGUGGUCCUCCGCUCCUAUCUGGGGCUCUAGACUGUAUGAAACCAACCUCUUGAUCACAAAGGAAGAGGAUUGAAUGACUGUACGCUGCCACUGUUGGAUUGAUUGAUUGAUUGGUUUUAUGGCUGUAGCCAUAGUAACUGCCUUGGCAGCAAAAAGACUAGCACAAGUGUAGGAAACCCACUGACUCUUAUCUAGUUACCAAAGUCGAUGUUAGCGCUCCCCUAACCGCUGUUAACACGUAGCCUAGCCUUUAGCUAAGACAGUUACUAUACAGUGUUAUUGUUACUUAACACAUUUUUUUCUCCAGACUUAUUUAUUGCGUUUUGUAUGAUUUACCGUUGUGAUUGUGUUCAUGCAUUUCUCUGUAGUGUGACGCCAGGGGGGAAAUUACGCUUCACUUAUGCAUUCAUGUUGUCCGACUACGCGAUCCAGUAGCUUUAAGAAGGCCGGCGGAGAGGAGAGGGGAGGAGAGGGACAUUUUUUGGCAUUCUACACGUAGCCUACGUUGCCUUAUUGGCUAAGAGGCCUGGCAGAAAUCAAGACUCACCGGCGUGUUCACGUCGCGAGCGGCUCAACGAGUUCGUCAGUGGUUUCCCGCCUUUUUCGGGAAACAUUAUCAAUCAGUGUCCGUCGGGGGGCAAUCGUUUCUCUGCCGUCGCCGUGAGCGCACAGUGAGUCUGUACUCUCCUCUCCGCCGAGCCUCGCUCAUCCGACUGUUAUGACCCGUUUCUCUGCAACAGAAACCGGCGGCGGUGAAAGACGACGAGGGUCCACCGCACAUCCGCAACCGGAGCGUUAAUGUGUCAUCGUUCACCUGCGACUAAUCUCUAGACUCUUCUCUUGCGAUGUCAACGCGAGAGGUGAAAAGUUGACCCUUGUGUGUAGUUUAAAAGAAAAAAAAUCUAUCAGAGUUGCCUUGAUGACAAUGUGUUUGUAGGUCGACUACCGUUGCACGCUAGUUAGCUAACUCUGAGAGCGGCGGGUGAAAUCAGUCAGAAAUAUGUUUGUGACCAUGUUUUGUUUUUUAACUCCGCUCGCCCUGACCACGCCCGGGGACGCUUGUUGUCGUUGUGGCUAACCGUUAGCUCGACUCGACGGCGGGACGACGUGGGGUUUUUUUGGUAACUUUUGUUAACUUAAUGUUAUUUAUUUUUUGUUGUUUUUUUCUCAAAGCAAAACCUAUAUUGUGUUGUUUGAUAUUGUGGUUUUUUUCUCUGUUUGACAUAAUUUAAAGUGCAUUUAUUGUUUACAUUCCACAGGUUACGUUGAUAUCCUAGCUCUUUAUCUUAAUAUAUUUGUCCAUCAUGUUUUUCAAAAUAAAAGUCUUUGAAACCUGA